AUGCUCGCAAAACUUUUGAUUCUUCUAACUAUUCAAAGUCUUACGGUAAGAGACAAAAUAAAAGAAAAGAAGGCAAGAAGAUUUUUUCAGAUAGCCUCAAAAAUGAUAAUAGUUUGGGGAAGUUACGAUACAUCCAUUACCGAUGUUCUUUAUACCGCUGAAAAAGAAACUAUUCAGAGCGAUGAGGAAUGCUGGAAGCUAUUUGAACUAAAAACUGAAUAUGAAAUCGCAUUUUGGAGUGAUGGAACUUGUUAUUUGAAUACUUAUCCAUAUGUUGCAUGGGUUGGAACAGAUGAUGAGAAAACAAACAAAAUUGCAUUUAAAAUAACAACCGAUCUAACUAAAUGCCCAGAUAUGUUUAAAUCUGCUAAAUCUCAAAAUCACAAAAUUUCAUAUGACGAAGGAUAUUGGUAUAUUGAGUGUAUGUUUACAUUAAAAUAUAGAAUGCAAAAACUGUAUCAACGUCGUCGAAAAAACUAUUACUUUGUUCACAAAACCCGAAAUUUUGUGAACCUUGGAAGAGAACAGAUAUGAGCAAAAAACCUAACAUUUCCUCUUUCAAAGUAAAAGAUCAAAAGAGCCGCAAAGUCAACUGUAUAUUUGGCUUUCUCUUGCAUGGCUCUUAUAUUUUCCGAUUGACAAUAUUGAAAACAAUCCAGAAUUUGCAUGAAUUCAGAAAAGAAAAAAUCACUAGUGAAGCGAACAAACGAACCAAUGUUUUUUAAGGCACCAGUUGUGCUUUUGUCAUUUUUUAGUAGAUUACAUUCAAAAACAUAAUAAAUAUUUCAGCAAAAGUCGACUGCGGAGAAUUAUAUUGGACAACUCGCGGGGCCAAAACAUUGUGUUACACAGUAAGUUCUCGCAUCAUAAAACAUUCAUUUCCAAUGAGACUUAAAUCAAAUUUUUAGUACUGGGGGGAUAGAGAACUUUUCACUUAUUCAAGCGCUCUUUCUGUUGCCAAAGACAGCAACGAAAUUUUUUCUUCUCCGAUGAAUAUAAAAGAGACAAUUGAUAUGUAUUACACAGACGCAAAAAGGAAUAAAUAUCUAAAAUCACGGAUUAUCACAGAUGCAAAAAGAAGUGAUUCAUGCAACACAGAAGAAAAAAUAUCAAAACCCGAAUGUCAAUAUCCAAAAGGUUUUGAUUUUAAAGAUUCCACAAACCCAAGGGUUUCUCUUUAUGAAUUUGUCGAAAACCCAACAAUUUCAACUAAAAAUCGAUGCGUUGCAAUGCUAAUAGAUCUUAAAAAUUCAGCAGUAAAUGGCAAAUUCAAUUUUGUUCAAUGCGAACAAACUUGUGAGAAUGGUUAUUGCUCACAUUAUUUCGUUACAAUCAAAUUUUUAUAA